AUGCAAAUAUCUGAAGCACUGAAGUUCUGCAGUCCCUCCCAUCUCCUCACCCCCACUGUCAAACCCAAGCACCGAUCUCCCCCCUCACCUCUGGAACUCUCUCCCCCUCACCUCUGGAACUCUCUCCCCCCUCACCUCUGGAACUCUCUGCCCCCUCACCUCUGGAACUCUCUGCCCCCUCACCUCUGGAACUCUCUCCCCCCUCACCUCUGGAACUCUCUCCCCCCUCACCUCUGGAACUCUCUCCCCCUCACCUCUGGAACUCUCUCCCCCCUCACCUCUGGAACUCUCUCCCCCCUCACCUCUGGAACUCUCUGCCCCCUCACCUCUGGAACUCUCUUCCCCUCACCUCUGGAACUCUCUGCCCCCUCACCUCUGGAACUCUCUUCCCCUCACCUCUGGAACUCUCUGCCCCCUCACCUCUGGAACUCUCUAUCCCCUCACCUCUGGAACUCUCUCCCCCCUCACCUCUGGAACUCUCUCCCCCUCACCUCCGGAACUCUCUGCCCCCUCACCUCUGGAACUCUCUCCCCCUAUGGGUAG